AUGUCCCAGUCGCCGCCAAAGAAGCGAAGAAAGACCGCGGACGACGAUGCGGAUUACCAGCCGCCUGGUUCGCGACGCCCGGGACUCCGUCGACUCCCUGCGAGGAACAGACAGUUACGAACGCAGUCUCCGAUGACUGAAGUGACUGAACAUGAGCCCGGAGAAAGGUAUGAGCCCACCGAGGAAGACAGACGUCUUGUGUCGUCUGAUCUCAGCGACUGCGAGGAGGUAUGGCUCGGGGAAUUAGGCAACUACAUGUUAGAGACACAAAAGCGAAAAAGGUUGGUCGAGGAAUAUUUUGCCCAAAGUGCUGUGGAACGGAGUCUCGCGUACAUGGACCAUCUAUCGCAGCGUUAUGCGGACACGUUGAGAAGGAUCCCGCUUCCACCACCUCCACCACCUCCGCGACCACUUCCUGUCCACCCAAGCGUUGACGACGAGCUUCUGUCUACAUUGCACGCUCCCUCAUCCAACUCUGAGUUUGCCGAUAGCCAGGAACACGGCUAUGACAAUGAUCCGUCCAACCGACGCUCAUUUCGUUCCACGAACGCUGCUGAGGAUGCCGCGCGGGAGUUAGAGGAGUCUAUUCUUGGGCCAGGGAAAGGAAAAGGAAAAGGAAAGGACCCCAAGCGUCCUGCUUCCCGCGGAGCCUCCGAAGCUAGUAGCAGCGACCUCGAAGUUCCCCUUGAUCCAAAGAAACACGCAAGUAAGAAGAGAAAGCUCUCGAAACCCGGUGGUGAUAUAACAGCAGAUUUGGAGCGAUCCAUUGCUGACGAUCAGCGUUCCGUCGCUUCGACGCAGGAUACUGUGAGGCUUAUGCCGGCAACAAAGGGACGGGGAAAGGGGAAGGGCAAACAGGUUCUACAACGGGAACAGAGUAUGGACAGUAUCUCUACGACACCCAAGGCAGCACGCAAGAGGCCAGGCCCACGUCGGAAGGCAGGUACGUUACCCCCCCACACGCAAGAGCACUUGGGCAUCGGGUCUAUCGCCGCCUCGGUCGCGGGUGACUCAACGCCUGCAGGUUCACGGCCAGCAUCUCCAGCCCUCACAGCAACAGAUGCUACGGUGUAUGAGAUCGACGAGAUCCCGCCGCCGUUGAAGAAAGCCAAAAAGGUAGACGAUGCAACAAUGUUGAAGCGCGUGAAGGUUCUUGAAGAGGCGCAGCGAAAGGUGUGGAAGAGCAUCGCGCGUCGUGAAGUUGCCAAGGUCUACAAGUACCAUGCCAUGGGCUACCAGCAACAUCAGGCUCAGCUAAAGCGGGUGGCAAUGCUCUCUUCUAUCCAAGCUCGCCGACCCUUCACCCGAACCCCCAAGGCAACAAAGGACGUGCAAGCGAAGAGCAAGCGUCUCAUGCGUGAAAUGCUCAUCUUUUGGAAGAAGAACGAGAAAGAAGAGCGCGAUGUGCGCAGGCGAGAGCAGAAGGAGGCGAUUGAUCGAGCCAAGGUUGAGGAAGAGAAACGGGAAGCGGCGCGGCAGGCGCGAAAACUUGAGUUCCUCAUCAGUCAGACGGAGCUCUACAGUCAUUUCGUGGGCAAUAAAUUGAAGACCGCCGAAGUUGAAGGAGAGGCUGCUGACUCGGCUGCUGUUCCUAACGGUGCCAACCUCGAUGACAUUGACCCGAGCACUUUGCGGGACAUUAAUUUUGAUGAAGAGGACGCAACAAAUCUUUACAGACAUGCCAGGGUCAGCGCUCAAGAAGCUGUGUCUGCUGCGCGUCGGAAGGCCGUGGCUUUCGAUACGCAGACCGCUCUUGAACGGAAAACGAACGAAGCUAUUCAGUUAGCCAAGCAUCAAGCUCAUAUCCGAGAUGACGAUGACUCAGGGCAGCCGGGAGCAGGAACAUCGUCUACCCCUCUCGUGGAUUUGGAUUCGGACGAACUCAACUUCCAGAAUCCAACUUCGCUCAGCGGACCGCUGACAAUUGGGCAGCCCCAUAUCCUCAUGGCUCAGUUGAAGGAAUAUCAAUUGAAGGGUCUAAACUGGUUGGCAACUCUUUACGAACAAGGCAUAAAUGGCAUCCUCGCCGACGAAAUGGGUCUUGGAAAGACCGUGCAAUCAAUAUCGUUGCUGGCUUACCUUGCUGAGACCCAUGAUAUCUGGGGUCCUUUCCUUGUCGUUGCGCCUGCAUCCACACUCCAUAAUUGGCAGCAAGAGAUCAGUCGGUUCGUGCCUACUUUGAAGGCUUUGCCUUACUGGGGUAACGUCAAGGAUCGAGCCACGCUCCGGAAGUUCUGGAGUAAAAAGGAGAUUAGCUAUAACCAAGACGCUCCUUUCCAUGUCCUUAUAACCAGUUAUCAGCUGGUCACUCAAGAUCAACAGUACUUCCAGCGCGUCAAGUGGCAAUACAUGAUUCUUGACGAAGCUCAAAACAUUAAAAAUGCUGCCAGCGUUCGAUGGAAGACACUCCUGGGAUUCCAUUGUCGCAAUCGCUUGCUUCUGACUGGAACUCCAAUCCAAAAUUCCAUGCAGGAGCUCUGGGCGCUUCUUCAUUUCAUUAUGCCCAGUCUGUUUGACUCUCAUGACGAGUUCAAUGAGUGGUUUUCCAAGGACAUAGAAAAUGCGGCGGAGAAUAAGGGCAGCAAGCUGAACGAACAUCAACUUCGUCGGCUGCAUAUGAUAUUGAAGCCUUUCAUGCUCCGUCGUGUCAAGCGGCAUGUGCAGAAUGAGCUCAGUGAUAAGGCAAGCCUUGAAUAUCCGUAUCUAAGUGCCAGGCAGCGGGCGAUGUACCGGGCUCUUCAGGCAAAUGUGUCUGUCGCGGACUUGCUCGAAAAGGCUGCGAACAUCGGCGAUGCCGAUUCCGCGCGGUCACUCAUGAACCUUGUGAUGCAAUUCCGUAAAGUUUGCAAUCAUCCAGAAUUGUUCGAGCGUGCGGACGUUGUUGCCCCGUUCUCGUUUUCUAGGUUUGGGCAAUCCGGGCCUUUGAAUCGCGAAGGCGACUACCUCAUAGUGCCGUAUUCGACUCGCAACCCCAUUGAAUAUGCGAUCCCCACUCUGUUCUACCUCGAUGGCGGGCUCUUGGAUGUACCGACCGAGAAUUCGACGUACCUGAGAUCGGACAGCAGCGUUCUGAGUAAGAUGAUGAACAUAUGGUCACCUGAUUGGAUAGAACGAUCCUUGUGCGAGGAUUCACUUUCAGGCUUCUCUUUCCUUCGCUUUCUCGACAUGACUGCUGGUGAGGCACACGCCCUCCAUGUGGCGCCACUUCUGCACAGACGUCUUCUCGCUCUCGAGGAGGAAGCUGAGAGAGCUAGCCAGGAUCCAUACUAUCUCGACUUUGGCGUCUCCUCUAUAGCUAGCCGUUUCCGGAUUCCUUUCGGAAAUAUAUCAUCGUUGGCAGACAUUGCAGAGGGACAGCCUGAACUUCGUGCCAUAUCGACAGCGAUGUGGUCAUCAUCAUGUUUAUCCAGGCCGAGCCUGAAGUGGUUCAUACCCUCCGUGGUCGCUCCGCCUGUUGCCAUGUACUGUACGGAUAGGAACUUCAUAGAGCAUCAGUCGGCUCUGCUAGAAGGACCACUCGAAACCCUCGCUCUCUAUGGGUUACAGCCAAGUCUCCGAGAAUCUGUCGAGGCCUCCGCAGAAUAUGGUCAUUUGAUUCCCGGAGUUCCAUCUGUAGGCUUGAUUGGCUCCUCCUCCUUUGAUCAGCUACCUCUUCCCAUUAUGCAAGUUCCGGAGGCCAAAAGUCUCAUAUAUGAUUCGGCGAAGCUGGCUCGACUAGACGCUCUGCUACAGGAACUCAAGGCUGGGGAUCACCGUGUCUUGAUCUACUUCCAAAUGACUCGGAUGAUGGACCUCAUGGAGGAGUAUCUGAUCUACCGACAAUACAAAUAUCUGCGCUUGGAUGGCUCGUCAAAACUAGAGGAUCGACGCGACAUGGUCAUGGAUUGGCAGACGAGGCCCGAUAUCUUUAUAUUUAUUCUCAGUACCAGGGCUGGCGGUCUCGGUAUUAACCUGACCGCUGCAGACACAGUGGUUUUCUACGACCAUGAUUGGAAUCCAUCGAAUGAUGCUCAAGCUAUGGACCGUGCUCAUCGUCUUGGACAGACGCGGCAAGUCACGGUGUAUCGUCUGAUCACGAGGGGCACCAUCGACGAACGCAUUGUCCAACUCGCCCGUGUCAAGAAAGAUGUUCAAGAUAUCGUUGUCGGUAACAAGAAUUUCACUGAUGUCACAAAACCAAGCGAAAUUGUCCAGCUGCUACUCAACGAGGAUCAGUUGGCGAAUCUCGAAAGCGGCGUUUCGGACAAGACCGCAGGCAAACGUGCAGCACAGCCAAACGGAAACGGAGACACGAUGCGUGACCUCUGGACCGAAGAGGGAGACGAAUUUUUCGGACAUUCCAAUGCCGCAUCAAAUGGACCUACGGAGCAAACCAAGGAUGACGAAUCGACACCGGUCCCAACCUCUGUGCGUGGCAAGAAGCGGAGGGCUGACGGGGGAGGCACUGGUCGCGGGCGAGGACGGGGCAGGGGCAGGGGUGGCAAGCAGAAAUCGACUGGUGCCGUCAUAUCGGCUUAA